GGCUCGGUCUAAAAGCCUUCUUAUUAGAUCUUUCCAGAAACCACCGAAUACCACACAUCUCAUCGUCUCAACCCUCCCCCUCUUUCUAUCUUCUUAUUUCUCUCUCUACGAACUCAUUAAAUUCUCUCUGAAAGAUCGAAACCCAAUUCUCCGCUUAAUCAAAACCCAUAUCUUUCCUAUAAAACAUCCCUCAAUUCAAAAAUUUUCCCGCGCAUCCAAACACCCUUCUUAUCUUUUUCUCGGCGUGAAUUUUCCGGGAAAAUUCCUGUUCGGAUCAACUAUAUAUCCCUUCCGUUUGCGAAAAGGGUUGAGUCGUUCUCACUGUAGAUCGAGGGGAUAGUAAUACACCAAUGGCGGAACAAGGUCUGGAAGGAAGCCAACCGGUAGAUCUCUCGAAGCACCCUUCAGGGAUAGUUCCGACCCUCCAGAAUAUAGUCUCUACGGUUAAUUUGGACUGCAAGUUGGAUCUUAAGGCCAUCGCAUUGCAAGCCAGAAAUGCAGAAUACAAUCCCAAGCGUUUUGCCGCCGUGAUUAUGAGAAUAAGAGAACCGAAAACCACAGCAUUGAUAUUUGCCUCUGGUAAGAUGGUUUGUACUGGAGCUAAGAGUGAAACUCAGUCCAAACUAGCAGCACGAAAGUAUGCUCGAAUUAUCCAGAAGCUUGGUUUUCCGGCCAAGUUCAAGGAUUUCAAGAUCCAGAAUAUUGUUGGCUCCUGUGACGUUAAAUUUCCUAUAAGGCUUGAAGGGCUUGCCUAUUCCCAUGGUGCUUUCUCAAGUUAUGAACCAGAACUAUUCCCAGGGUUGAUUUAUCGGAUGAAACAGCCAAAGAUUGUGCUGCUUAUAUUUGUGUCGGGAAAAAUUGUUCUUACUGGAGCCAAGGUGAGGGAUGAAACGUAUACGGCCUUCGAGAACAUAUACCCAGUUCUUACUGAGUUCAGGAAAAAUCAACAAUGACCGGAUCUAAUUUGUGCAAGGGAAAUUUUGAGGCGGGAUUUGUGGAGACUUUGACUAUGGCGGUGCUGGGAUUGAGUUGUAAAUAUGAUAGCGGGAUUACUGGCUGUCUUUUUUGCUAAAUAGUUAACUGCAAAGACAAAUUAAGACCAUUUUUGUUUGGGGUUUUUCUUUUUCCGUUCUUUUUAAUUGGUGUAAACAUUGCGAGACAACGUCUGAUAAAUCUUGAAAAUGAAAUGAAAAAAAAAUAAAAGAGAAGAAGUAGCUUUGGACCUUCGGCA